AUGCCGGCCCUAAGGGUUUAGGGCUUAGGGCUUUUCGGCUAUGGCGUCACGUGUUCUUGGGCGACGCCUCGGAAGCUAUGCCGUUGCGAGAUUUCUUCCCGCAGUGGCAGCUCCCAGGCACUCGCUCGCCCUCACCCGUUCCAUCCCGCUCGCAGCGCUAGCAUCGUCAUCGUCAGUCCGAGCUUUUGGCUCCAAAUCCUCUUCCGGCGACAGUGGCCUCUUGAAGGUUCUCAAGUCGGAGAUUGAGCACGAGAAAGGCGAGAACGAAGGCGAGGAUAUCAAGGUGAAGCCACCGUCGCCUUUCACGCUCCACAACGAGAGCGGGAGGCAAGAGGUGAUCCUCCGCCGCUCCUACAACUCGGAGGACAUCGCAGUGACGUGCCUGUUCCGCGUCUCGCCUUACGAUGAGCCGGAGGAGGAAGAGGAGAGCGAGGAGGACGAGCCCGACACUCCAGUUUCCCAGGAGGAGAUCCAUAUGGUGGUCACCAUCGCCAAGGGAGGCGAUGGCCCGUCGCUGGAGAUAAGCUGUACGUGCUCGCAGGGCGAGAUCGAGAUCGAGAAGAUCUCGUAUCUGGAUGACGAGUCGAGCAAGGACGACGAGCUUGCUUACACCGGCCCAGUCUUCGGGGAAUUGGAUGAGAACCUCCAGAAGCAGUUUACCAAGUACCUGGAGGCCCGAGGCAUCAACGAGGAGCUGUGUAACUUCCUUGUCAACUACAUGCCGGAGAAGGAACGCCAGGAGUACAUUCGUUGGCUGGAGAAGAUUGAGAAGUUCGUGAAAAAGGAGGCCAAGUAGUAUCAUAGCGCUCACCGUAUGAAACAGAUUUUCUUAGGUAGUUCUUGCCUGAUUUUUGUUGUUCUUAAGAAAGAGGGCGACGCUGGGGAUCCAGCUCCACGCUCUCUAGUUGGAGGCUGGGCGAGGUCGGAAGUUGUUGCUCGGCUUUGAGUUCCAUCUCUUGGAGAGCUCUCCGGCCGUAGGCCGUGAGUGAGAUCCCGGCUGCCAGUGCCACGCAGAAGCCCACGACGUUGUAGGUGAUCUCCACAGCGUUCAUGUGUCGCUUGGCGUGCUUGGCGUCGGCCAAACUCUUGAGCAGCCUCCCACUGCGAAGAAAAGCUUGUUAGAUCCUUGACACGUAAACGAAAAGUGAGAGCUUUUUACCUGUA